UCUAAUUCUAAUUAUAUAUAAAGCAUAAAGAUUAUGGCAUCCCACAAGCUAUUUUGCAAUUUAAGCUUCAUCAUUCUCUUAUUCUUCCAUUUUUAUUCUGGUAAGAGUGAGAUUCGAUUGAAUUACUACUCGGAGAGCUGUCCAAAUGCGGAAGAAAUUGUGAAACAACAAGUUAUAAGUUUGUAUCACAAGCAUGGAAACACGGCGGUUUCUUGGAUCAGAACUUUGUUCCAUGAUUGUAUGGUUCAGUCAUGUGAUGCAUCAAUAUUAUUGGAGAGCAGAAAUGGGAUACAAUCGGAAAAGACAUCAAAAAGGAAUACGGGAAUGAGAAAUUUCAAGUAUAUCAACACCAUCAAAGAUGCUCUCGAGACUGCUUGCCCCAUGACCGUCUCUUGUGCCGAUCUUAUUGCUCUUUCUGCUCGAGAUGGUGUUGUUAUGCUAGGAGGGCCUCAUAUGGAGAUGAAAACCGGACGAAAAGAUAGCAAGGAAAGCCACCUUGCAGAAAUAGACGAAUUGCUUCCAAACCAUAACGAUUCGAUGAUGUAUGUCCUUUCCCGUUUUCAGUCCAUUGGAAUUGAUGUUGAAGGAACAGUCGCUCUCUUAGGUGCUCACUCAGUAGGCAGGGUCCAUUGUGUGAACAUUGUAGACAGACUCUACCCGACAGUCGACCCAACCUUGGACCCAGAUUACGCCGAGUAUCUCAAGGGCCGUUGUCCCCAUCCAGUACCGGACCCGAACGCAGUGGAAUACGCAAGGACCGACCUGAAAACACCAAUGACCUUAGAUAACAUGUACUACAAGAACCUCAUUGAAAACAGGGGACUCCUCUUAGUUGAUCAACAACUCCUAUCCAAUCCAAUCACAUCUCCAUAUGUCAAAAAAAUGGCAGCCGAUAACGAUUACUUUACCGAUCAGUUUUCCAAAGCUCUUAUCAUUUUAUCAGAGAACAACCCGAUAACCGAUGAGGUUGGCGAGGUUCGUAAAGAUUGUCGUUUUGUAAACAGUAACUAAUUGGAUGUAUAACUUCUUAAGUUUUGUUACCGCCUACAAGAAUAAACUUUGUAACAUUAUACUUUAAUUGGUGGUUUAACAACUA